GAGGAGCCCGGCUGCUAACCUAGCUAGGGUAGUUAGCUUAGGUUAAGUGGCCAUAAGUCUGGCGUUUAUGGAGCAAAUAAACUUUAAUUUUUACAUUGUUUUAUUUCGUUUUGUCGGAUUUUUGUUACUGAUUGAGUAGCUGAAUAUGGCGAACGACAGGACCGCAUACUGGAAGGAGAUCCUGAGGAGAAGACUGGCCUCUGCUAAAACAGACGACAGGAGUGAAGAGGAGAAGAAAGCAGAGGAGACGGAGCUCUUCACUAAAUAUUACACUGAAUGGAAAGGAGGGGGCGAGACAGACGGCACAUUCAGACACAUCCCGCGCUUCUACUACAGGCUUCCAGCCGAGGACGAAGUUCUGCUGCAAAAACUGAGAGAAGAGUCUCGGGCGGUGUUUCUGCAGAGGAAGAGCCGCGAACUCCUCGACAACGAGGAAUUACAAAAUCUGUGGUUUCUUCUUGACAAGCAUCAGGUUCCUCCUACCACAGGUGAUGAAGCCAUGAUAAGCUAUGAGAGUUUCCUGAAGGUCGGAGAAAAAGCUGGUGCUAAGUGCAAGCUGUUCUUCACUGCCAGAGUCUACGCCAAGCUGCUUCACAACGACCCAUAUGGACGGAUAUCAAUUAUGCAGUUCUUUAACUAUGUCAUGAGAAAAGUCUGGCUGCACCAGACGAGGAUCGGGCUGAGUCUGUACGACGUGGCGGGGCAGGGCUACCUCCGAGAGUCUGACUUGGAGAACUACAUCCUGGAGCUAAUUCCCACUCUGCCUCAGCUCGACGGCCUGGAGAAAUCCUUCUACUCUUUUUAUGUCUGCACUGCUGUUCGCAAGUUCUUCUUCUUCCUCGAUCCUCUUCGCACAGGGAAAAUUAAGAUUCAGGACAUCUUGGCUUGUAGUUUCCUGGAUGAUCUGCUUGAGCUGAGAGAUGAGGAUCUGUCCAAAGAGAGUCAGGAAUCCAACUGGUUCUCGGCUCCCUCUGCACUCCGGGUUUACGGUCAGUAUCUCAACCUCGAUAAGGAUCAUAAUGGAAUGCUGAGUAAAGAGGAACUGUCCCGUUACGGCACAGGAACGUUAACCAGCGUCUUUCUGGACCGGGUCUACCAGGAGUGUCUGACCUAUGAUGGUGAAAUGGACUAUAAGACGUAUCUGGACUUCGUGCUGGCUCUGGAGAACAGGAAGGAACCUGCAGCGCUGCAGUACAUCUUCAAACUGCUGGACAUGGAAAACAAAGGCUACCUCAACGUCUUCGCUCUCAACUACUUUUUCAGGGCCAUUCAGGAGCAGAUGAAGAUCCACGGACAGGAACCUGUGUCCUUUCAGGACGUCAAGGAUGAAAUCUUCGACAUGGUGAAGCCCAAAGAUCCCUACAAGAUCACACUGCAGGACCUGGUGAACAGCGGUCAGGGGGAUACGGUCACCAGCAUCCUCAUCGACCUCAACGGCUUCUGGACGUAUGAAAACAGAGAAGUGCUGGUGACCAAUGACAGUGAAAACGUUUCAGCUGAUUUAGAGGACACAUGAUGCUCCUGCUGAGCCCACUCUGCUGUGGGAGUGACCGCGGUACGCUGGACAAAGAAAAACCAUUCCUGCAGUCAAGCAAUACACAGAAGCAGCUUUAAUCUGCAUUCAAAAGUUUAUUAACCAAUAUUAGAUAAGAAAAAAUGACUUUUUCCAGCCUAAAUCAUAUAAAAAGAGUAGCUCUUCACCUCAGUGAAGUCCUUGUACAUAAAUAAGUUAUACAGCUUUUUUAAAGCAAUAUUAAUUUUUGAGAGGUGUAAAUAUAUUAAAGCAGUCACGUCACGUCA